AUGGAUGCAAAGCCACAGCGCUUCCGAGUCAUUGGGGAUGAGAAUGUGCCCCCUCCGUCCCUCCAUCAGAACCACAAGGUCAUCCAUCAACGGAACAAGUCAAGCCCUGCUCUCAGUAUGAUGGCCCAGAACAAUGCUGGCCGACGUGCAUUUGUCGACGUUAGCAACACCAAGGACAUGAGCCGGGCUCGGGAUGACUCUGGUGUUGGUGGAAAGCCUGCCCUAUCGGAGGUUAAGGCUCCUGGACUGUCCCAACCAGCGCAGCGCCGGAUGACCUUGUCAGGAACUAGGGGUCUUGUUGAAGGCGUUGCCACAACAAAGCCUAUGAACCCCGCCGGGAAAGCUCAACUGCCGUAUAAAUCGAAGCGGAACAACGCCGUAUUCAAAGACCAACUGCACACUGUCCCCGAAAAAGACACAUCCAAGGAAAUCAACGCAGAGACGGAGGCCAAGGCCAGCCACAAGGGAAUGGAGAAAGGGCGCCACUCGAACAAUACUGCGAUGGAACCUUCAAAUGGGCUGAGUGUCGAUAUCGCCAGCCUCAUCGAGUCUGAUGCCACCGUAUCCGAGACCGAGGAUCCCAAAGAGCACGUGCAUGUCAAGGAAACCGUGCCGCCGGUAUCAGAACCCGAGGAAUGGGACGGGGAUGAUACCGAGUACCAUGUUGCACCUAUCUACUCCUCUCGUGGGGAUGCCGACGGAACCACUACUGUCAUCUAUCCAUGCAUGAACAAUAUCACUACUCGCGAGAUGUUCCGGGCGAAAGACAUUGUUGAAAGUGAACAAUCACCGGAAGACAUUGAGGAGGAACUGUUGGAUACUACCAUGGUUGCGGAGUAUGGCGACGAGAUCUUCCUUCAUUUAAGGAAGAAAGAGAUCGAGAUGCUUCCAGUUCCCGAUUACAUGGCCCGUCAAAGUGAACUCCAGUGGUCGAUGCGCUCGGUUCUGAUGGACUGGCUUGUUCAAGUCCACCAGCGCUUCAACUUGCUCCCUGAAACCCUGUUCCUCACGGUAAACUACAUUGACCGUUUCUUGUCGUACAAGGUAGUUUCCAUGGGCAAGUUGCAGCUUGUUGGUGCGACCGCGAUCUUCAUUGCUGCAAAGUUCGAGGAGAUCACGGCCCCUUCCGUGCAAGAGAUCGUGUAUAUGGUUGACAGUGGAUAUUCCGUCGACGAGAUUCUGAAGGCAGAGCGGUUCAUGCUCACCAUCCUCGACUUUGAUCUUGGAUGGCCUGGCCCUAUGAGUUUCCUUCGUCGUAUUAGCAAGGCUGAUGAAUAUGACCUUGAAACUCGGACUGUUGCCAAGUACUUCCUCGAGCUGGCUAUUAUGGAUGAGCGCUUUGUCUGCACUCCCCCCAGCUUUAUUGCUGCCGGAGCUCAUUGCCUGUCUCGCUUGCUGCUUAACAAGGGCAACUGGACACCGGCACACGCCUUUUACAGUGGUUAUCUUUACUCCCAGUUGAUUCCGGUACUCACCACAUUGAUGGAAUGCUGCGAGAAUCCUCGCCGCCACCACGCUGCCAUCUUUGAAAAGUAUUCGGACCGUCGCUUUAAGCGCGCUUCCAUGUUUGUUGAAUCUGAGCUUGCCUCGGACUUCGUUUUGCCAGAGCCUUCUGAUCUCAAUGAUCCAGAUCGCUUGGACGGCUAUGCAAACUACUAA